UAUAGUCCUGACUGGAGAUUCUCCUUUGCCCUAUGCAAAUUGUGAGAGAAAGAAAGUGAAGGAGGUGUGGUGAAGAGCAAGGAGAAGCAAGAGCACAUACAUUUGUAGGAACUGCUAAAAUGCAUUCAACUGAAGCUUGCUUGUAAGAUGUUUCAGUGUGUGGCUUCCAGAGAAUGAAAAGCUAGAUGCUACUUGCUUAAACUGGGAAAACACAAGAGAAAAAGAGAAGAGAAAGAAACGGGUGGGGAAAAAGAGUGAGGCAUUGUAACAGCUGCCAGGAACUGUGACAGUGAGAGAACUACUUCGCUUAGAGGAAUCGUCUAACCAUGGGGAAGUCAGCCUCCAAGCUUUUUUGUGAGGAAGUGUUGAAGACUCAUAAUGAGUACAGAAGAAAACAUCAAGCCCCACCUUUAAGUCUCAGCAGUAAACUGAGCCGUGAAGCAGCACGAUAUGCUGAGAGCCUUGCUAGUACCAGGAUUCUGAAGCACAGUGUUGAAUCUAGUAGAGGAAACUGUGGAGAAAAUUUAGCAUGGGCAUCUUAUGAUCAAACAGGUAAAGAUGUGUCUGAUCGCUGGUAUAAUGAAGUGAACCAAUAUAACUUCAACCAGCCAGGAUUCUCCUCUGGAACUGGUCAUUUCACUGCAAUGGUGUGGAAAAGCUCGAAGAAACUAGGUGUGGGUAAAGCUGUGGCCUCAGAUGGUUCUACCUUUGUAGUGGCACGUUAUUUCCCUGCCGGCAACAUUACCAAUCAGGGCCACUUCCAGGCCAAUGUCCUGCCCCCUAAAAGCUGAUCCAAAUGUAGCUGGACACAAUGAGAACGAAGGUAGGGAGGGAAAUAGAAAGAGGACGGAGAACAGCUGAAAUUGGAGAGACUUUUACCUGAAGGACCAAACACGGUGAUGGUUGGCUUUAAUACACAGAUCUUACUUGAAUACAGCUUCUGUCUUGACAUGUUUAGCCUUUAUUAACUUGAAUCUGAAGAGGCUUAUAUUAAACUAAAACGUUGAAGCUAAUGCUAGUUAGAUUUUUACAAAAAAAACAACAUUUAUAGUGCUAAGGUUAUUGUGUGCCUGUGUGUCAGCACAACGGUAUUAAAAAUUAUUUUUCAAGCAUGAACCAAAUACAUGUAUAAUCACAUACCUGCACUACACUAAAAUCUAAUGUGAAUAUUUCUUUUGGGAUGCAGUUUUCUAAAUGUGAAAAGAAGUGUGCGACCCCACAGUACAUUUAAAUGCAUGAGAUGCUGCAGAAAUAAGUGUUGGUAGUGACUGAUCAUUCAUCAUUAUUACUUUGGUCGUCUUUGUAUAUUGAUAUGGAUUAAAACUGACAGUGUUCAAAUAGUC